AUGGAACAAAUGUUGAGAGAUCUGUAUUCAGUGGAGACCUGCAACAUGCAAUUGUAUAGGGCUAAAUGGAUUGCCCUAGGGGAAGAUAGUUCAAGUCAUAAAAAAGCAUUUAGGAGACUAGAAAGUUAUGCAGACAUGAUAAUGAGAGCAAACAUUGGGAAUCAAAUAGCGAUAGAAUAUCAAAAUGGAUAUUUACAUGGACUGGGAUGCAGGCCAUUCUUGGGCCUUGAUGGAUGUCAUUUGAAGGGAAUAUAUGGUGGAGUUCUGGUAUCUGCUGUUUCAAUGGAUGGAAACAAUGGCAUGUAUCCAGUUGCUUACGGUCUAGUCACACCUACAGGACUUCCAUAUACAUUUAUGACAGAUAAACAGAAGGGUCUUAUUGAAGCUAUUGCAACAUUAUUCCCUAAGGCACACCAUAGGCAUUGCUGCAGACACCUAUACAAUAACUUCAAGUCACGAUGGGGUAGUGGCAUUCAAUUGAGGAGUCAGUUCUGGGCUGCAUGCCAAUCAUAUAAUGCCAAUGGAUUCCAAAAAACUAUGAAUGAAAUGAAGGAAGAUAGUCAAGGGGCCUAUAAUUGGUUGAUGAAGACACCAGUACCGAUGUGGGCAAGACAUGCUUUUGAUCAUAGAGCCAAAAGUGACCACAUCACCAACAACUGUACUGAGUCAUUCAGUCACUCGGUAGGACCCUUGAGGAGUAAGCCUAUCCUUACUUUGGUGGAUGGUCUUAGAGUAAAGAUGAUGAAAAGAUUACAUAAAAGGUAUGAGAGUGGCUUAACCAGUGUAACUAGGCUGACUCCAACAAUUUGUGAGAAACUGGCGGCAGUACAGAAGGGUAUGAGGCACUGUGUACCCAUUUCAGCAGGUAGAGAGCUGUUUGAGAUACAAGAUGGAUCUGGCCUAAGAUAUGUUGUUAACAUGACUGAGUCAACCUGUGAGUGUGGGGUCUGGGUAGCAACUGGGUUACCUUGUAAACAUGCUGGAGUUUGCAUUCUAAAUUAUAGGGGAACUUUAGAGGACUAUUGUGAUCCAGUUUACACCACAGAAAGAUAUUUAAUGGCGUAUCAAGAAAUAAUUUACCCAAUGAGUGAUCUUAGUACACUACAAGAAACUGACUUGCUUCCUCUAAUAUUAAAGAGGGGGAUUGGUAGACCUCGUAUGAGUAGGAGAAGAGAAUCAGAUGAGGCAGCCCCAUGCAAUUCAAGGAAGAAGAUAAGGAGUAUCAGAUGUCAACUCUGUGGAGGUACUGAUCAUAACAAGAGGACUUGCAAGUAUAAAGACAAGAGACCAUCUACUUCUCGCAGUGCUCCUAAGAGAAAGAGAAACAGCAGGGAUGAUGAUGCUACCUCUUCACAGAGGGUAACCAGGUCCUCACAGAGGUCCUCACAGCAAUCUACUACAACUUCAAUUGGGUGUGCACAAGACAAGGUGAAGGGAAAAAUGACUGCCAAGUCUGCAAAGGUUAUAGCAUUCAGAAGAGCAAACCCACAACAAUAA